AGACCACGUGGACGGUGUACCAAAUCCUCUCCCGCGGCAGUCCUCCUCCUUCCCCUCUCCUUCUUCAUCCCCCUCCCUCCCAAUCCCCCUCGAAAUCCCCAGAACUCUCCAUUUAAUCCUUGCCACCAUGGCCGCCUCUGCUCUCUUCUCUGCCGCCAGCCCUUCUUGCGCCUUCUCCCAAGCCAGGCGAUGCUUCCCUUCGCCUCCGCCUUCUUUUUCUCUUCGUCUCUCUUCUAGAUGUUCUCUGUCAUCUAGGUUCCCGGUUUUCGGACUCAAAUCUUCGAGGAAGGGUGGUUUUCUUUGUUUCGCCACUGUUUCCACGGAGCAGGAUGUCUAUGAUUCUGCUGAUAAGGAAGAUGCAGAAACUGACAUUCCUGCUGAGGAGGGUGCAGAUGAUGAUGUUGAUACCGAUACAGAAGAGGACAUGGAUUCGGCUGUAUUGUCAUCAUUGCAAUUAUACAAAGAAGCUUUAGCACGUGAUGACCAAUCAAAAAUAGCUGAAAUAGAGGCCUUCCUUUUGUCCAUUGAAGAUGAGAAGAAUUCCCUAGCAACCAAAGUGGACUCGUUGUCUCAAGAAUUGGCAACAGAAAGGGACCGGAUUCUCAGAAUUAGCGCUGAUUUUGAUAACUUCAGGAAAAGGACUGAGAAAGAACGUCUUUCUCUGAUGAGCAAUGUGCAAGGAGAUGUUAUUGAAAGUUUAUUGCCAGUUUUGGAUAAUUUUGAAAGAGCCAAAGACCAAAUCAAGGCAGAGACUGAAGGGGAAGAGAAGAUCAAUAACAGUUACCAAAGCAUUUACAAGCAGUUCAUGGAGAUCCUUACAUCAUUGGGUGUUGAAGCCGUGCAAACUGUUGGUCAUCCAUUUGAUCCUUUGCUGCAUGAGGCAAUAAUGCGUGAGGACUCAAUGGAGUUUGAGGAAGGCAUCAUACUUCAGGAAUUCCGUAAAGGGUUUAAGCUCGGGGAGAGGCUUAUUCGGCCAUCAAUGGUGAAAGUAUCAGCAGGACCAGGUCCCGCGAAAGCGGAAGAUCAAGGUGAUUCAGGUGAGAAUGAAGGUGAAGCAAGUCAAGAAAGUACUCCGGAAGAUGGUCAGGAAGGUGGUGAUUCUGUGUAAUUUUUUUGUCGAAGUUUCCAUUAUCAAUUUUGCCACAGAAAUUCGAGCUUAUGAUCUAUAGACAACUGUCCUUUUUUCUGGUUAGGAUCUCAUGUUUCCAAUUAGCAGUUCCUGGUCUACAAUUUCCAUGAUAAAAUGAGAAGUUGAUUAAAUGUUUUGUCUGCGCAUUGAUUUCGUUGAUCUUUUACUUUUAAUGGAAAUGAAAUGUGGUGUUAUUAUUAAUUUUUCUGUGAUAUGAAUAUGAGUUGUAAGCUUGUAAUGGCAGGAAUGAUCUGGUAAUUAUAUGCAUAGUUCUGUAACUUUUAUAUUUUAAUUGUUA